AGACUUAAAGCCGCUCUAGCAGUCUAGCUUAGCCUCAAAACCACUCGGGAUAUAGAUAUAUCCUCCUCUUCCUCGUCUAGCGUCAACAUCCCAGUCAACAAACAUCCAUCGAAGACCUGUCCCGGCCCAUUACCGCGGUGACCACCGCGCGCGCGCGCCAUGCCGUCGCUUGCCGGCCGCCUGCAGGUGGUAAUACCGGCGGUGGCGUUGCUGUUCGUCUUCGCCUCGUCCGCCUCGGCGGCCAACUUCACCUGCGCAGCGGCCGCCGCCGCGCUGGGUACGACCUGCAACGCCGCCAUCGCCUACGCAGUCCCCAACGCCACCACCUACUCUGAGCUCGUCGUCCGCUUCAACACAACAAGCACAAUCGCCGAUCUGCUGGGAGCCAACGGCCUGCCGCCGACCUAUGACUAUGAGGACAGUUCCACGCCCAUCACCGCGGAGACCGUCGUCCGCGUCCCCUUCCGCUGCCGCUGCGGGAGAAACGGCGUCGGCGAGUCCGUCGGCGGCCCCAUCUACGUCGUGCAGCCGAUGGACGGCCUCGACCACAUCGCGCGGGACGUGUUCGACGCCUUCGUCACCUACCAGGAGAUCGCCACCGCCAACAACAUCUCCGACGUUAACCUCAUCCAGAUCGGGCAGAAGCUCAGGAUCCCGCUGCCCUGCAGCUGCGACCAGGUGGACGGCGCCGACGUGAUGCACCUCGCGUACAGCGUCGCCGAGGGGGAGGACUCGCCUGGCAUCGCCGCUAAGUUCGGGGUGGCCGAGAACACGCUGCUGAGUGUGAAUAAGAUCACCGACCCCAAGAGCCUGCAGCAGGGGCAGAUUCUAGAUGUCCCGCUCCCUGUUUGCAAUUCAUCAAUCGACCACUUGUCGGCUGAUCACAAUCUGCUCCUGCCGUAUGGCACUUACGCAGUCACCGCACAGGGCUGUGUCCAGUGCAGCUGCAUGAUAGACCAGUGGAACAAGGACCAGCAGCUAGACUGCGUUCCGGUGCAAGACGAAAAGUGCCCAGCAGUGCCGGUAUGCACUGGAGCAUUGAAGCUUGGGCAGGCUUGCGGAUCCAAAAUGUGCGCAUAUGAAGGCUAUGUCAGCGACAGCACAUCGCUAACAAUUUAUACCACUCUUGUAGCUGCAGACAACAAGACAUCACGAUGCCAGAAUGUUUCUGCUGGUCCAUUGAUAGAUCUUUCUGGUGGUUCACGGAGACAGAACAAGUUAAUUUUAAAAGUUGCACUAUCUGUUUCAAUCUGCUUCAUUCUUACGUGCCUUGCUUGCAUAAUGUACCGUUGGAAGAAAAUUUACCAAGUAUCCUUUCAAAUGGUUAAUUCAAAGAAAAGGUACGAUGGCAAUGAAUCAAACAUAGAGGACAUACUGAAAGGAUAUGAUUCGCUCAUCCCAAAGAGGUACAAAUACUCAGAGGUAAAGAAAAUAACGGGAUCCUUCAAGCAUAUACUAGGAGAAGGUGGCUAUGGCAUAGUAUAUAAGGGAAAAUUAGAAGAUGGACGCAAGGUAGCCGUGAAACUACUGAAAGUAUCGAAAGGAAAUGGAGAGGAGUUCCUGAACGAGGUAGUGAGCAUCCGUAGGACAUCUCACAUAAAUAUUGUGAACUUAGUUGGCUUUUGUUUACAUGGAUCUAAGAGAGCACUUAUUUACGAUUACAUGGUCAAUGGCUCUUUGGACAAGUAUAUUUAUUCAGAAGAAACUAAAAUGGCCAUAGGAUGGGAUAAGUUGCGAGAAAUAGCCAUUGGCAUUGCGCGAGGCUUGGAAUAUUUGCACCGGGGAUGUAAUGCCCGUAUUAUCCAUUUCGAUAUCAAGCCACAUAAUGUGCUUCUAGAUGAAGACUUUUGUCCAAAAAUUGCAGAUUUUGGACUGGCAAAACUGUGCCACCUCAAGGAUAGUGCUCUCUCGAUGGCUGAAGCCAGAGGUACCAUUGGUUUCAUUGCUCCAGAAGUAUUUUCUAGAGGUUUUGGAGUUGUGUCGACUAAAUCAGAUGUUUACAGCUAUGGAAUGGUGUUGUUAGAAAUGGUAGUUGGAAGGAAGAAUAUUAAAGAAACCACUGGGAAUUCUAGUGAAGCUUAUUUCCCCGACUGGAUUUACGACCGUUUAGCAAAAGAUUUCCAAAGUCAGGAUGUUGCAUGUGUGAGUGAUGAGACUGCAAGACAUAUGACUCUAGUCGCCUUGUGGUGCAUACAAACAAGCCCAGGAAAUCGUCCUUCUAUUAGGUGUGUAAUAGAAAUGUUGGAGAAGAACAUAACUGAACUGGAAAUGCCCCCCAAGCCAUUUCUAUCGUGUCCCUCUCCGCCAUCACAUUUUUCUUCUUGACUGAAAAUCUCUCUCUCUCUCUCUCUCUCUCUCUCUCUCUCUCUCUCUCUCUCUCUAUCUAUCUAUCUAUCUAUCUAUGUGUGUGUGUGUGUGUUUGAUACUCCAACUCAAAACCUGAAGAUUGACAGUAAUAUAAGUCACUGUUAGAGACAUUUGAUUUUACUUUUUUUUUA